GUGAGGAGGUGCAGUGUGUGUUUCGUUGGCAGGGGGCGUCACAGAGCAGCAGGCAGGUGAGUGAGCUCGCUCAGUCCUCUGGUGCACGGCGAGAGGAGAGGAGAGGAGCGACACACGCUGAAGUGCAGCCGGGACGCAGAAGUGUCCUCAACAUAAAGAAAGGACGAGGGGGGGGAAACACAGAAGAACCUGCACGCUUCCUGUCCUCCUGUUGGUUUCUUGCUUUUGUUCUUUUUUUCAACAAAGUGAAGGCGAGCGGAGCCUCCGGUGCGACCCUGCUGCCAUGUCAGCCGCAGCUUGUAGGCGGGAUGGGAAGAGGAGAGGCGGCUUCGUGUGCGGACGUCUCCUCGCUGCUUUCUGGUAAUUGUUACCUGGAGACAAUUAGGGGGCAGCGGCCGAGGAGCGAGGAGAGAGGCUCGGGCUCAACUUUGAAGGAAGCUCCCCUCUGCGCUGGAUGUUGCGCCAUGGAGAUAAAGACAAGACUCCGAGCCACGCUGAUGUUAAUGUGGAUCCUUCAAGGUGACACCCAGGCGGUGGAGAUCCCCAGAGGAGAGAUGGAGGUGGUGAAGGGCCAAAUGGCGGUGUUACAGGCCUGGUACAGCCCCACCGCAGACAUUUCCAAAAACUCUGUCACCUGGCAGUUCUUUGGAAAUGGAACCAAGCCGGUGAUAAACUACAGCUCAGGACAGAUCGGGUACGGCCAGAACGAGUUCACCAAGAGAGUGGGCUUCAGCGUGGCCAUGCCCUCAGCCAACCUCUCCAUCUACAUCAACAACACUCAGGAGUCUGACUCGGGACUCUACGUCUGCAUUGUCAUCAUCUCUGGAGCUCCCGCCAUUUCCGGAGACAUACGCCUUAAUGUCAAAGUCCCUCCCUCUCCACCAGUAUGCACCAUGACAGGGAACCCAGUAGUGAAGGGCAACGUGACUCUGAGCUGCAAGUCCAGACACGGGAAACCCGUCCCUCAGUACAAGUGGACCAAGGCUGCGCCCCUGUCUGAAGUCUUCUUCUCCCCAAUGCAGAAUGAGCGACACGGCACCCUCAGGCUGAGCAACCUCACUAAAAGCAUGUCAGGGAAGUACAUCUGCCGAGCCAGCAACACGGCCGGCUCCGACAGCUGCUCCAUUAACCUGGAGGUUAUCACCUCUUCCAACGCAGGUAUAAUCGCAGCGGCCACACUGGGGUCCAUAGUGGGACUGGUGGCCAUGGUGCUCUUCCUCAUAUUCAUACUGAGGAGGAGACGGGACACUGAGGAGGAGAUAGCCAACGAGAUCAAGGAGGAUGCUCAGGCACCGAAGCGAGUGUCAUGGGCAAAGAGUAACACCGGCUCAGACAUAGUGUCUAAGAAUGGCACACUGUCCUCCAUAACCACCAGUCCUCGCCCCCGAGACCCCCACCAGCCAAACUUCAGCUACCCUUAUUCCCCCACAUCAGCUUCAGACAGCUCGGUCAUCAACGCCUACCAGCUGCGGCCGGGAGAAGCCAGCACGCUGCAGGGACUUCCCGGUUACAACAUCGGAGGCACACCGUCGCGCAAACUCAAGCGUCCCCCCACUACAAACGGUGGUCCGCCACAGGUCCUGAGGAGCCCUGUGAUCGCCAUCCCCAGCAGGACUGCAGGCGCUCAGCCUCAGGUGCCACCUCCACUCACUGUGUCCCCACAAAUGAGCUCCUCCACCCUGACGCGCAUGGGAGCUGUGGCCGUGAUGGUGCCUGCUCAAAGCCAAGCCGGCUCCCUGGUGUAGCAGCUUCAUUGGGGGAAUCAGAGGACAGUGGUGACGGAUGGAGAGAAAGUAUGCCUUCAAAAUGGAAAAAGCACUUUCUCCAUGAGGACUCGAGAGGCUGUGAGGGGAGAAAAUGUCGUCUCACAGGUGGUUUUGUGCUACGUUUGCACAGAAGCUCUCCCUCCUGUUUGUUAAAUUGACUCAGUGUUAGUUUCUUUUUUGUACACUGCGUUCUGGCUCACUAAAGAGAAAUAUAUUUUUAUUUACACGCCUCUAAUAAGAACAAAAUGGUUUCUGACUAAUAGUGUUAAGAUUUCUAAGCUGGAUAUAUAUAAGGCCAAUCAUUUCAAGAGAGUUAAAGGGACAGUUCACCCCAAAAUCAAAGACAUGUUUUUCCCUCUUUGUGCUAUUUAUCCGUCUAGAUAGUUUUGGUGCAAGCUGUGCAGAGCUCUGUGAAUAUGUGGUGCAGACAUGUCUGCCUUUACCUGAAUAUAAUGGAACAAUAUGGCACUAGAUUGCUCGAGUUCUUGCAAAUGUAUUGUUUUGACGCUUUGAGCACUAUAAGCCACGUCUGUCUCCAGAAAUCAUGACCCACUUACUCAAAAAAAUCAACAGAGCUUGUUGGAAGCAGUUUCACGUUGGAGUUAUUUUCUUCCUACGGUAUCAGCCCCAGUGAUGGAAUGUGAGUAACUAACAUUAACUAAUUCAUAAUUCACCUAAAAACGAAUGUAGUUCACAAUUCACCAUUUUUAAUCAUUAUUAUUAAUGAUAAUUGGAUUACAGAAACAUUAUGAAUGUCAGAGCCAGUCAUAGCUUCACUUUUGACACAGUUACAUUUCAAUAGGAUAACUUGACUUUUACUCAAAUAUGAAUUUUGGGUACUUUUUGCAACACAUAGAUGAGAGGAUUGAUGAUGUCCUCCGAGCUGUAACAUUAGUUCCACCAACAGAUACAUGGAGAAUGAUUCAUCAAAAGGUGGGCAAUCAGCUACCUUUUUCUAGAAUCACUGUUGGAUUUGUCCACAUGGUGUUGCUUUAAUUGUCCUCCUUAAUGCAGUUACUCUGAAAAGAGCGAAGGUUGUUACAUUGGAGGUGUACAGUGACGGGAAAUUGUCCACUGGUUAAUCGUUCGAGGAUGGCCUUUUUUCUCUGAUGGAUAAAAAGGUAAGAAAUUCUAAAUUGGGACCUAAGAAUAACCCCAGGUGAAGUCUAUGUCUGGGAGACCCUGCAGAAAGAAAAUUGUUUCUACAUGAAACUGUUCACAACAAGGUCUGUGGAUAAUCUUGAGUAAUCGGAUCAUUGCUGUUGAAUGCUGAUGUUGAAUUGCUGCUCCAUUAUAUUCCAGAGAAGGAAGACAUCUCUACUAUAAAUAUCUCCAAAACCCUGCGACUCAUGCCAAAAUAAUCCAGAUGGAUCCAUAGCUCCACAGGUAAGAGUUGAAAAAAGUGUGCGUUAUUGUUUUGAGGGUGAACUGUCCCUUUAAUGCAGUGUGUCCGGACACUGUAAAUCAUAAUGAACAGUUCGGUUUGCGUAGAGUUUUGCAGUUCUUGCAAAAUUAGAGCAUUUUGGCUAAGUUUGUAUAUUAUAUGAAUAAAGCAGAUAAAAACACUUUUUUAUAAUUUUAUUUGUAUUUCACUGCUGGCGGCUGUGUGAGGUUCACUGUUCGGUCACUUCUCUCAGGCUCACUGCACUAGUUCAGAGCAAAAAGCCAGCAAAGUCACAAUUCAGGUAUUUUAUCUUUCAACUGUCUCGCUUUGUUUGACCCACAUUUACUUGUGUUCACGUGAGGGUUUUGGUUUUUUUUUUAUUUUUUAUUUAACCUACUGGAGCAGCAUCAGUACGGUUUCACGUCUGCUCAGAGAACGUACUUUGAGUUAAUUGCCUGUUACGGUAGAUGGAAUGUAACUAAAAUUGUGAGUGCAGCAUUGUGAAAGUUGAUGGUUUCUGACUAUUUUGUUCACAGGUGCUUUUGUAUGAUAUAAUUACUGCAAACAUUCGAAACCGUCAGCUGAGUUGAGUUGCUUAUGGUCUGCUUUGUUUUCCUGUAAGUAUUCUGAAGUCUGCAGACGAUGUGGCGGUGAUGUGUCAAUGCUGACAGGCUACAUGUAGCACUUUUAAUGCAGUUUUUGAUUGUUGACUUUUUUCAAUAAAAGUGUUCUGGAGUGUU